CAAAAAUAAGAGAUUCCCCAGGUCAUGGUAUGAAACGUCAAAUUCUGUCAAUCACUGGGGUCAACUAACUCUGAAACCAUAUGAAAGUCUAAAUAAAAAAUUAAUGAAACAAUGCAUGUGCUACAUAUAUCCAUUUAUCUUCUAAAUUGAUCAGAAAUCGGUGAAUAUCAAAAAUCUCCCGCGAAAAUUGGGGAACGUGACGUCAUUAAUCCCGAGCACCGUCAACAAAGUUCUAGUCGUGGAAAAAUUGUAAAACAAAGUCAUAAUUUGUGACGAUCUACUGCUGCAAGUCAAUGGAAAAGAAGUCUGACUUAUAGACCAAUAUAUGUGGAACACUGAAGUAAAACAUCGGAGUGAGAUUGGGAUGAUAAGAGGGGGAACACCGUCUGGUUCUGUAUCAGACGGUAGCUCGGCGCCAUCUUGGACAAGUGUCACAACCACUAACCCCAUUGUAAGGCCCAUCAGGCCGCCAUCCUCCAUUCAAGUACAAGGUCCAAUGCCUGGUGGGUUGAUGCAGCAGAGUAACAACCUGAUGGAGGGAGGGCCUAGUGGUCCCAGCAGCCUUCAGUCUGUACCUGUAGAUCCUCGCAAACAGGAGCUCCUUGAAGCCAGGAUGUUUGGGGGUCUUGGGAGCCAUGCAGGUCAACUGGGCCAAGUAAGCCAUACAUUCCCAGGAGCAAACCACCACCCACCCCAGGACAACUCUAACCUCAGUGGUGGCAGUGACUCUAUGGGGGCCAAUAAGGACCCCACCAACAGCGCUAAUGCUGGUGUCAAAGAUGACCACAUGCAACAAAACCAGCACACGCCAGAGAAGAUGAGGACGCCCUCUGGUGGUGACAGAAAGCGUAAACGUAAGGGUGCUCCAGUGGAGAACCACGACCAUAAUAGUGGUCAUGGGAGGUCAGCAAAAGGAGAUAAUAAUGCUAAGAAAAUAAGUGAAUAUUUCAAGUACCAGACUGGCAGUCCAAGCAGAAGUGCCACAUCAGCCUAUGGGGCAAAGUCUCCCUCCCCUCAGACUGUACGUAUGUAUCCACCCUCCCCACAGGGGUUUGUUGCAUCCCCAGUGAGUAAUUCCCAACCAGAAUAUCCUCCUGGCAGCCGCUUCUACGCAAACAGCAAGUCAUUACAGACUGACAUGACGUGUCUACAGAUCCAGCAAAUGGAGAGCAAGUCACAGUCAGACAUAGAGAGAAAAGAGAGCACCAUAUCUGAUUUACAGAGGCAAACUGAAGAGUUUAGAAGACAGCUGACGGCACAGCAAAAGUUACUGGACAAACAGAAAGAGUCAUUGAAGAAGUGUAUGGACAUGAACUUAAUGCUGCUGAAAGAGAAGAGUUUACUAGAGAAAAAGACUACACGUCAGAAAUGUAUGGAGAACAGACUACGCCUUGGCCAGUUCACUACACAGAGACAAGGUGCCUCGUUCCAGGAUACCUGGCAGGAUGGUUACGCAUUCACAGAUCUCAUCAAGCAACAAGAGCGUGUAGCAACAGACAAAGAAGAGAUAGACAAACAAAGGAAACUGCUGCUCAAGAGAAAGCCAACGUUAAACCCAAGUUCAUCCGCCAAGAACCGCAACAAUUCAUCCAGAGAUGGCAGAGAUGAUGAGUUUCGUAGACCAGGAGAAACAACUAAAAAUAUGCUUACUCUAUCGGAGUAUUAUGAACAGGAUGAGAUUCUGAAACUUCGACAAAAUGCUUUGAAAAAGGAGGAUGUUGAUAUGCAGUUAGAGUUAGAAAAAUUGGAGCGUGAAAGGAACCUUCAUAUAAGGGAGCUUAAACGUAUACAUAAUGAAGACAAUUCUAGGUUUAACAAACAUCCAGUGUUGAAUGACCGGUAUCUCUUACUAAACCUACUGGGGAAGGGAGGUUUCAGUGAAGUGCAUAAGGGGUUUGAUAUGAGAGAACAGAGAUAUGUUGCCUGCAAGGUUCAUCAGCUCAAUAAGGACUGGAAAGAAGAUAAAAAAGCUAAUUACAUAAAACAUGCUUUAAGGGAAUACAAUAUCCACAAACAACUAGACCACCCUAGAAUUGUCAAAUUAUAUGAUGUCUUUGAAAUAGACAAUAAUUCGUUUUGUACAGUGUUGCAAUAUUGUGAAGGGAAUGACUUAGACUUUUAUCUGAAGCAGAACAAGAUUGUUCCAGAGAAAGAGGCCAGAUCUAUCAUUGUGCAAACUGUUAGUGCUCUCAAAUAUUUAAAUGAAAUAAAGCCACCUGUUAUCCACUACGACCUUAAACCAGGUAACCUGUUGUUGGGGGCAGGUGCUGUAAGUGGGGAAGUCAAGAUUACAGACUUUGGACUGAGCAAGGUGAUGGAGGGAGACAACUACCACCCUGAAGAUGGCAUGGAUCUCACCUCACAGGGUGCUGGCACAUACUGGUAUUUGCCACCAGAAUGUUUUGUCGUUGGUAAAGAACCUCCUAAAAUAUCUUCCAAGGUGGACGUCUGGUCCGUGGGUGUAAUAUUCUUUCAGUGCCUCUAUGGUAAGAAGCCAUUUGGACACAAUCUCUCACAGGCUGCAAUAUUAGAGCAGGAUACUAUUCUAAAGGCCACUGAGGUCCAGUUCCCCGCCAAACCUAUCGUCUCCACUGAAGCUAAGAACUUCAUUCGCCGUUGCUUGCAGUAUAAGAAAGAUUCACGCCCAGAAGUGCUAUAUCUAGCUCAAGACAUAUAUCUGAAACCCAGUGCACUAAAAUCAAAGAGUGUUAGUCAGAUCCAGCAGCAGCAGCAACAACAGCAGCAGCAGCAGGGAGGUGGUACUGUAACUAAUGAUGUCAACAGUAGGAACAGCAAUUCAGAAAAGAUGGAGAUGUUAUUAUGA